CACUUGACACUUCCGUUCUCUUCCACAACAGCUAGCAUCUAGCCCGGUUGACGUCGCUCUCGUUCGGCGUAGUUGUUGCGGUGUUUGCGCUGUUGUUUGCAGAGUGAAAAGAUGAACACGGUUCUGUCCAGAGCGAACUCUCUGUUCGCCUUCUCCCUGAGCGUCAUGGCAGCGCUGACGUUCGGCUGCUUCGUCACCACAGCGUUUAAGGACAGACGAGUUCCUGUGGACAUCCACGUCUCGAGAGUGAUGCUGAAGAACGUCGAUGACUUCACUGGACCCAGAGAGCGCAGUGACCUGGGCUUCGUCACCUUCGACCUCUCGGCUGAUUUACAGCCAGUUUUUGACUGGAAUGUUAAACAGCUGUUUAUCUACCUGUCUGCAGAGUACACCACCAGGAGCAACGUAAGACACACACACACACACACACACAUUUUUGAGCCCCUGACCCUAACCUUCACAACCGAAGUGCCUAACUUCCCAGGGGUCCUUGAAAUCCUUGAAAGUUUGUGAAUUUGGUAUGAAAAUAAAUCAGGGCCCUUGAAAGUUUUGAAGACAUGGGUCAGUGAGUGCUUGAGUUUUGUGCAAGAAAGAAGUGAAGUUGAUGUUUUAUGAAU